ACACACACAGUGAUACAAAUACCUAUUUGAGCCUCUGAGUUCUUCUCUCUCAAGGGCUGGAGUCAGCCACACGGGAUGAAGAGGGAACUGAAGGAGCAGAUCUUUUAAGGAAGAAGAGAUUCUUUUCUGUCAGUUUCCUCUGAGUGUGUAUGAGAGCAAGUCAGAGCAGAGAGAGAGGAGAGAGGAAAAGCCAGAGGGAGAGAGGGGGAGAGGGGAUCUGUUGCAGGCAGAGGAAGGCGUGACCUGAAUGGAGAAUGCCAGCCAAUUCCAGAGACACACAGGGACUCAGAACAAAGAUAAGGCAUCGCUGACACCACACCGGGGACGAGCUCACAGACAAUUCGGGCCCAGAGGACCAAGGCCAGACAUCGGGGCGCACCCAGGGCAGGAAAAUGAGGUGGCUGCUUCUCUACCAUGCUCUGUGCUGCUUCCUGUCGAAGGCUUCAGCCCACACCGUGGAGCUAAACAACAUGUUCGGCCAGAUCCAGUCGCCGGGUUAUCCAGACUCUUAUCCGAGUGAUUCGGAGGUGACUUGGAAUAUCACUGUUCCGGACGGGUUUCGGAUCAAGCUUUACUUCAUGCAUUUCAACUUGGAAUCCUCCUACCUUUGUGAAUAUGACUAUGUGAAGGUAGAAACUGAAGACCAGGUGCUGGCAACCUUCUGUGGCAAGGAGACCACAGACACAGAGCAGACUCCCGGCCAGGAGGUCGUCCUCUCCCCUGGCUCCUUCAUGUCUGUCACCUUCCGGUCAGAUUUCUCCAAUGAGGAGCGAUUCACAGGCUUUGAUGCCCACUAUGUGGCUGUGGAUGUGGACGAGUGCAAAGAGAGGGAGGACGAGGAGCUGUCCUGCGACCACCACUGCCACAACUACAUCGGCGGCUACUACUGCUCCUGCCGCUUUGGCUACAUCCUCCACACGGACAACAGGACCUGCCGAGUGGAGUGCAGCGACAACCUCUUUACCCAGAGGACUGGGGUGAUCACCAGCCCCGACUUCCCAAACCCUUACCCCAAGAGCUCUGAAUGCUUCUACAGCAUCGAACUGGAGGAGGGUUUCGUGGUCAGCCUGCAGUUUGAAGACAUUUUCGACAUUGAGGACCAUCCUGACGUGCCCUGCCCUUAUGACUACAUCAAGAUUAAAGCUGGUCCAAAAGUUUUGGGGCCCUUUUGUGGAGAGAAAGCCCCAGAACCCAUCAAUACACAGAGCCACAGUGUCCAGAUCCUGUUCCGCAGCGACAGCUCAGGCGAGAACCGGGGCUGGCAGCUCUCCUACAGGGCUGCAGGAAAAGAGUGUCCAGAGCUACACCCUCCUGUCCAUGGGAAAAUCGAGCCCAUGCAAGCCAAGUAUUCCUUCAAAGACCAACUGCUUGUCAGCUGUGACACAGGCUACAAAGUGCUGAAGGAUAAUGUGGAGAUGGACACAUUCCAGAUGGAGUGUCUGAAGGAUGGGACGUGGAGCCACAGGAUCCCCACCUGUAAAAUUGUAGACUGUGGAGCCCCAGCAGGCCUGGAACAUGGGCUGGUCAUCUUCUCCACAAGGAAUAACCUCACCACAUAUAAAUCUGAGGUCACCUACUCCUGCCAGCAGCCCUAUUACAAGAUGCUCCCCAAUAUCACAGGUGUAUAUUCCUGUUCUGCCCAAGGGGUCUGGAUGAACAAAGUCCUGGGGAAAAGCCUGCCUUCCUGCCUUCCAGUGUGUGGUCAGCCUUCUCGCUCCCUGCCAAACCUGGUCAAGCGGAUCAUUGGUGGCCGCAAUGCCGAGCCCGGCCUCUUCCCAUGGCAGGCCCUGAUAGUGGUGGAGGACACCUCGAGGGUGCCAAAUGACAAGUGGUUUGGGAGUGGGGCCCUGCUCUCUGAGUCCUGGAUCCUCACAGCAGCCCACGUGCUGCGCUCACAGCGGAGAGACAACACAGUGAUUCCCGUUUCCAAGGAUCACGUCACUGUCUACCUGGGCCUACAUGAUGUGCGGGACAAAUCGGGGGCUGUCAACAGCUCAGCUGCCCGGGUAGUGCUGCACCCAGACUUCAACAUCCAGAACUACAACCAUGACAUAGCCUUGGUGCAGCUGCAGGAGCCCGUGCCCCUGGGGCCCCACGUCAUGCCCAUCUGCCUGCCCAGGCUUGAGCCCGAAGGCCCAGCCCCCCACAUGCUGGGCCUGGUAGCCGGCUGGGGCAUCUCCAAUCCCAACGUGACAGUGGAUGAGAUCAUCAGCAGUGGCACGCGGACCCUGUCAGACGUCCUGCAGUAUGUCAAGUUACCCGUGGUGCCACAUGCUGAGUGCAAAACCAGCUAUGAGUCCCGCUCGGGCAACUACAGCGUCACGGAGAACAUGUUCUGUGCUGGCUACUACGAGGGUGGCAAGGACACCUGCCUUGGAGAUAGUGGUGGGGCCUUCAUCAUCCUUGAUGACUUGAGCCAGCACUGGGUGGCCCAAGGCUUGGUGUCCUGGGGGGGACCUGAAGAAUGUGGCAGCAAGCAGGUGUAUGGAGUCUACACAAAGGUCUCCAACUAUGUGGACUGGGUGUGGGAGCAGAUGGGCUCUCUACCCAGUCUGGGGGAGCUCCACGUGGAGCGGUGAGCUGACCUGCGUCCUCAGCGCCUGUCUACCCUGCCCCAGCCCGAGGGAGGCUACAUACACACUUCCGACAGCACACUCCAUGUUACCCACCAGGCCAAAUAGGAUGGACCAAGCUGACUUAGCAGUGAGCCCAUCCUCCUGAGAGGCAGUGGUGUGGUGCAGGGAAAAGGCUCUAGGCAAGAGACCUGGGCCGCUGACCUUGUCCAAGUCCCUUCCCCUCUCUGGGCCUCAGUGUCCCCAGCAAUCCAUGGAGGGAGCUGGACUGACACCUUUUGGCCAACCCUGGCACUUGUCUUCUGGGCUGUGCCUUGCUUUGCCCCUGUGGCCUUCAUUCACUCCUAACCAUUUAUCCAACCCAUUGGUCUCAUUAUUGGUAUAACUGAGCUUGGACCUUAUUAUCAGAAAAGGGUUCCUUACAUUGAACUAAACCCCACAUCUAUAUAUUUUCCCAGCUAUGCCUCUAGGAGGUUUGGGGAGACAAAGCCUGGAGGCCUCCUCUCCUAGCGUAACGCUUUGAAGCACUUUUGUCCCUUGGGUUUCUCUCCCCAAAGCUUCUUGCAGUCUAAGCCUUAUCCCUUACUUUCCCUAUUAUAGGAAUUUCAAAGGACAAAGAGAAAGUUGGGAAGGUUUGUGGUGAUUGAGGUGAGUGGACUAGCAGUAGGAGGCCCCCUAAACCCCUUAACUUCCUACUGUUGUUUGUUGACUCCAAACACACCAUUUGGGUCCAUAUGCCACUCUGGAAUACCAGCUGACACCACAGGGUAUCCAAUCUGCUACUCAAACAAGCACAAAGCAACUUUUCAGCCUUGGAAUAGUCAUCUGAAAAGUCUACCUGCACUCCAGCCCCGGAAGAGAAGACUUAGGUGAUUACUUGGAAAAAGAGAAGACCCGCACUGUGUCCUGCAGUGCUUUGGGAUAGAAAGAAGAAAAGGUGAACUUGGGACAUAAGGAGUCACCCAAAUCCUGUUGGGUGGCCCAGCAUCCCUAGAGCCUGGAGAAUCCACUCAGCCAGAUGUGCAGAGGGUUCCACUUUUUUGUUUUCCAGGUAACAGAAGUUACGGCAAGCAGAGGAUCACCCAUGACAGGCAACGAAAAGAGAUGGAGGGUCAAGUCCUGGGUCUACCCCCAGUUCUUCCCCUAGUUGGCUGUAUAACCUUUGGCUAAUCAUUUUCCUCCUCUGAGCCUCAGUGUCCCCAUCAAUAACAUGAAGAUCUGGGGACCCUCAAGCACUCAGAGCUGGCCUGCUUGCCUGGAGCUUCGCCCUGGCUCUCACGGGUUUGAAGGCACUCACUCCUUCCCAGGAAGUGCUCUCCCUCCAGAAUCUCCAUCAGAGAAAGGCAGCCAGGGAACCCUGGGAGAGGAAUUCCAAGAGAAUGGGAAGUGUCCACUUUCCAAUUGGUUCAUCAGAACACACUCCUAUGUCUAUGAAUGGCACGUAUAAGGAUGCUAUAUUUUGUAUACUUUAUAUCAUGUGCUUCACACUCUGUAAGGGGCCUCUGCACUCUGUUUCUCCUGCCAGGGGUCUGACGUGGAAAUAAACCCUCUGUGGAUAACCAACAGCUUUGGUUUGGGUGUUUUCUUAUUGUUGUUGAAUUAUGUUUAUUUUGACUUUCUAGGAAAGAAACAUAAGCUCCCUCAUUAAGCCAAAAUCUCCCUUGCUACAGAAAAAGUACACCUUUUGGAACCCAGACAUCAUGCAAGAAGAGGUAAUGAGGAAAGGAGUUGGUGUACUGCUGUCUCCUUCUCAGAGGCUGCAGGCUACUUCAUUUAUGUGCUGCUAGUUAAGUUCUUGAUAUCAAACUAGCCUGCAGAUGAGGUUGUGUGCACAACCCUCUCAUAAGCAGAGGAGUUAAAUAUAAGAGGAGCAGAGAUUGAAGUAUCUUGGGAACUUAAAGCAGAGAGAGAUUCAUAUAGCUAGAGGGUACUGGCAUAGCUUUGCAGAGGCUUCAAAGGAUGCCCAGGGAAGGGGCAGCGUGGACAAAGGUGUGGAAGCAGGGAGGCAGGCCAGGAUUGGGGUGCGAGCAGCUGGCAGAGCUAGAGUGUGAGCGGUCUUAAGAGUCAUUCUUUGUUUGGACUCUGUCCUGGAACCAGUGAUUCUCUGAGUUUAGGAGAUAGAGAUAGAUAGAUAGAUAGAUAGAUAGAUAGAUAGAUAGAUAGAUAGAUAGAUAGAUAGAUAGAUAGAUAAUUGAUGACUAGAUAGAUAGAUAAUAGAUGAUAGAUGAAGAUAGAGAGAGAGAUCGAUCAAUCAGAAGCACUUGGGGAGAUUUGUUAAAAAUGCCAAUUGCUGCAGCUUCCCCCACUGGAGAUUCUAAAUACAGCAGAGCUGAGGGCAGGCAGCUUCAGUGUGGAGGAGGGGGAGGUCAGGGCUGAGUGAGGGAGGGCAGUUGUGAAGCUGCUACCAGUUAUAAAGCCCUGGUGAGAGGUGGUCAAGACACACCAGCCCUAGGGCUAUCACAGUGCAGAUAUGGAGCAUUUAGAUGCACUUAAAUGAUGUAUUAGACAAGGCUUGGCUGAUAAGCAACUCUCAAAAUGUGCAAGCAUGGGGGUGCCUGGGUGGCAGAGCUAACCCGAGAGUGAGGCUGCCAUGGGUAUACUCUGAUUUGUCUUUGUUUUUUGGUUUGUAUCCUAAUGAAAAUGUCAUGCUUUUCACAUGAUUGAGAAUCAAAAGCAUAAAUUAUGCAUUACAUUUUAUAUGUUGCUGGCUUCAAGGACCAUUGAGCCUUUUGUUCCAUUAUAUUUGUGAUUUUCAUUUUCUUUUAGAUAUUUGAACUUUAUAUUGUGACAUAUUCAGACCCUGGGAUGUCUUGAGUUACAUGGAGAACAUACUGUGGCAUGGAGUUAGGAGUGUUUCUACAAGUGAUUUGCCACCAGCUUAGUGGCAGAUUGAACACAGCGGGGCGGAGAAAAGGAAGGUGGUUGGUACAGACAUGAACAGAUACCUGGAAUAACAAAGGGGAGGAGGUGAGGAGGGCUCGGUUUGCUGUGUUUGAAGAGUUGAUGAGCAGUCUAGCUGGAAUUGUAAGUAGACCCCAAAGAAGAGUGAAUUUCAGAGGACAGGGCAGAUUUAAAAGCACUGAUUUGAAAUUCAUCAGCAUGAGAUAGCAUGGCAAGAGAUGUUAUCAACUACUGGCCAUUGGCAGACAAGAAAAAAGGACCAAGGGCUGAAUAAGGGAAACACCAGCAUGGAAGGCAUGAAGAAAAGAGAGGCCCCAAGAAAUAUAUAGACUAAAAAAAAAAAGUCCAAUACUGCUUGAAAGUACAGUUGAAUACUUCCUGGAUGGAAGUGCCCAGAACAGGGGCUGAGUCUCGCUGUCUCUGAGGGAGUGCAGAGGCAGCAGGCUCCGUGCUUGUGUUAAAAGUCUCUAACACCUGUCUCUCCCUCCUCCCUCAGGAUCCCCUCCUUUCUUUGCAGCCCCAUUCUCCACAGGAAGGGUUUUUAGCUCUUUCCUGAGAUGCAAGACCCUGCUCUUGCAUCCUCCCUUCCUUAUGGUAGAAAUGAUAUGUUCAGUCCUCCAGGUUUGGGUUCUUUGAAAUCUACAAAUGUUUAUUCUUACCACAAAGCCUGACUCUUCAAAUGAAAGUCUGCAUUUCCAGACUUGGUCUCUAUGUUGCUUUAUCAAAAGUCAAUGCCAUCCAUUCUUUAGUGCUUAGUAACUACCAAGCAAGGAAAAUUCCAAGGGAUGAAAAAUGCAUCAGAUAAAAUUUCAGAAACAGUAACUUCCUGUGUACAUAAACAUCACUGCUAAAGUUUCAUUUAUGGCCCUGAGCCAUUCUGUCUCCAUCUAGGAUCGCAGGUCUAUUAAAUAUUCAGAUGGUCUGGCUCAGCUCCUGUAGCUCAGUGGUUAGGGUGCUGGCCAUGUACACAGGGGCUGGCAGGUUCAAACCGGCCCUGGGCUACUAAAAACAGCAAUGACAACUACACCGGUGCCAGUAACUAGUCCAAUCUUGGAAACAAUUUUAGAAUUCUUUUUCUGGAAUGGCCAUUGAGAGCUGUUGUCAUUGUCAUAUUACCUUGGAUGUCCUGAAUGUCACCAAAAUAUCUUUCAAUAUUUCCUUUAUCUUCGGGUGAAGAAAAAAGUCAUUGGGGGCCAUAUCAGAUGAGUAGGAGGAUUUUCCAA